AUGUUUGCACUAAGUUGUGGUGUGUGCACUUGUACUCGAGCGGAACUUGCUGCCAUUUUGAAGGGCUUGAGUGUGGCUUGGAAUGGAGGCCAUAAGAAAGUGCAACUAACUGUGGACUCUGAAGUUGUUAUGCAUGCUGAAAUACACCUAGAUGCUAAAGGGCUUAGUGAAACAAUAAAAGAGGCUAAUAAGGCAACACCUCAAGAUAAGGCUAAAGCCAUGAUUUUUAUUCGCCAUCACCUCCAUGAAGGGCUCAAAAAUGAAUAUUUAACUGUGAAAGACCCGCAAAUCCUUUGGAGUAAUCUAAAGGAAAGUGAAUAUAACUCAGCUAUGUUUAAAAUAACUUCUCGAUUGAAAUUAUGUGGAGAAAAUAUUACUGAUGCAGAAAUGCUUGAAAAGACAUACUCCACUUUCCAUGCUAAUAAUAUUGUCCUGCAGACACAAUAUAGAGAAAAAGGUUUUAAAAAAUAUUCUGAAUUAAUAUCCUGUCUUCUUGUGGCUGAGCAAAAUAACGAGCUGUUAAUGAAAAAUCAUGAAUCACGUCCUACUGGCUCUACUCCAUUCCCUGAAGCGAAUGUGACAACCCAUAACGGGAAAGAAACUAAAAACAGGGACCAUUCCAGCAGUAGUGGUCGAGGUAGAGGUCGUGGUCGUGGCCAAUGGCGCGGCCGGGGUCCUGGACGUGGAAAUGGUAGAGGUCGUGGAGGUCAUUUCACAAACUCACAUUCCCACCAGAAGUGGGAACGUAGGGAUGAAAAAGAGAAAAGUGAUAACAAUAUAUGUUACCGUUGUGGAGGAAAAGGUCAUUGGUCUCGGGUUUGUAGAACUCCAAAGCAUCUUAUUGAACUUUACAAAGAAUCAUUGAAGAAAGGAAAAAAAGUUGAGGCAAACCUUGUUCUUGAAGAUGGUGAAGGUGAUUUUGAUUUUGGCAAUGCCAAUCAAUUUGAUGUUGGUGAUUUCCUUACUUCCCCGGAAGGGAAUAAUUUUGAUUUUGACAGUACAACUCAUUUAGAAGUUGUCGUUUUCUUCACUGCCCCAGAAGGGAAUAAUUAA